GAAAUGGAAAAAGGAAAUCACUCCAUGGUGUCUGAGUUUAUUUUAUUGGGACUCACAGAGUCUCCUGAAUUACAAAUUUUCUUUUUCUUAUUUUUUUCCAUCAUCUACAUAUUCAUUGUAUUAGGUAACCUCAUCAUUAUCUUUGUAGUGAAAUUGGACCCUCAAUUGCACUCUCCUAUGUACUUCCUGCUGGCCAAUCUGUCCUUUAUUGAUAUGUCCCUGGCUUCCUUUGCUACUCCUAAGAUGAUCUAUGAUUUAAUUAGUAAAUAUAGGAUCAUCUCCUAUGAAGGCUGCAUGACCCAGAUGUUUUUCCUUCACCUUUUAGGUGGAAGUGAGAUGAUGUUGCUUGUAGCCAUGGCAAUUGAUAGAUACGUUGCCAUCUGCAAACCCCUCCGUUACAAAAAUAUCAUGAGCCACUGCAUUUGCAUCAGACUUGCACUUCUCUCCUGGGCCACCGGUUUUGUGCACACAACCAGUCAAAUGGUUUUCACAAUUACUUUGCCAUUCUGUGGUCCCAACGUUGUGGAUAGUUUUUUCUGUGAUCUGCCUCGAGUGAUCAAACUUGCCUGCACUGACACUUACAUCUUGGAGCUGUUAGUCAUUGCAGACAGUGGACUGCUCUCUUUGUUUUGUUUCAUCCCUCUGUUCAUCUCCUACAGCAUCAUCCUGAUUACUGUCCAGAAUCGCUCCUCCAGCAGGUCUUCCAAGGCUUUGUCUACUCUUUCAGCACACAUUACAGUGGUGGUUCUGUUCUUUGGCCCUUGCAUCUUUAUCUAUGUGUGGCCAUUCAGCAGUGUCUCCACUGAUAAGAUCCUCUCUGUGUUUUACACAAUUUUUACUCCCCUUUUAAAUCCAAUCAUUUACACAUUCAGAAAUAAAGAUAUGAAGAAAGCAUUAAGGAAAAUGAUCAAGAAUGUGAGUUCCAGAUCAACCUUUUAA